ACAGCUCGCACUCGCGCUCGUAUGUAGUAGUGCUGCGGGCAAGAUGGUGGCAAUUUCUUUUUCGACCAUCAAAUCCCUCCUUAUAUUCUUUGGACCUGUUAUUCUCCCCAAGGCCCUGCAGUUCUACAGGUCGAUACGCGCAUCCUCGCAAGGCCCUCAUAGUCGCGUCAGGCCCAUACCCUAUGCUGUAGCAAGGUCGCUGAAUUUGCUCUAUGCUUUCGCCUUCUUUGCUAUCCUCUACUCGCUUCCUUACUUUGCGCCGGAGAAUGUCUUUUACGCGACGUCCUCACGCCUUCAAAUUCCUACCGACACACUGUUUGCGCGGUUGCGUACGAUUCACGAACCGACUGUUCUCGACCAUACCUUGAAAGCCAAGUUCGUCAGCUUGGAGUCUAGGCUGCUAUAUUUAGCGUACGGGCCUAAUGUCCUGGCCGAAUGUCCGUUUUGCACAUCCGACGAGCCGUCGAGCUACUUCUAUUACGCGCUGCCGUCAAUAUUAGCUCCACACCUGCUCCACCUUGCUGUUCUGGGCGUGGUCACCUCUUCCAUUGUUUCUGGCGCCGAAGGAGCCCGCUGGAGGACAUGGGCCGCAAUCGCUGGUGUUGCGUUGGCAGCCCUUGAACUUUGGAUAGUAGGGACCUACAAUCACAAACAGAACGCGAUAGCAACCCGUUUGGGCGACAUUGAGCCUUUCUAUUGGCGAAUGAGAACGAUGCGCUACAUCGGCAUGGCUUGCGUUGACGGCUUGCUUGGUUUUGCACUUUACUUGACAUCAACAAAUCGAUGGCUGGUCGUGCCUCCGAGCAUUUCCGAGAGACUAGAAGAGAGCACAAGGAUGGUCGAGGCUCUGAAGGGCAAGCUGGGAAUGCUGGGGGCAAUGAAGAAUACCGUGGCCAGAGACAAGAAUUUGCGAGAGCGGUCGGAGGCGUAUUGGAUGGAUGAAGGUCGGCUCAUGGGUGAGGUGCUCGAGGACAGGGAGGUCGUGGACGGCAUGCAGAAUGCGUUGGGUAGGGUCAAUGUUGAAAUGAUAGAAAGGCAAGCAGGUGGUAUGGCAGAAGGCAUCGUUGGGCUCAUGGAAGGAAUGCGGCAAGCAGGAGGAAGUUGAUGCAGUCAAUUCUUUAGUAAGAUAGCGACUUCACGGGUUUCUGGUCGAAUCCGAGAAGCCCGAUGGUUUCCGGCGC